AUGUCCUCCUCUGUCCUGCAGCCUUUCCUCAGCAUCGUGCUGUUUGCCCUGGCUGGCUCUGUGGGGUUUGUCACCCACUACUUGCUCCCCCAGCUCCGCAAGCACCAUCCGUGGAUGUGGAUUUCACACCCCAUUCUGAAGAACAGGGAAUGUCAGCAGCGGGAAGUGACAGAUGUCGCCCAUUUAAUGUGGUUCGAACGACUCUAUGUUUGGCUUCAGUGUUUUGAAAAAUAUAUCUUGUACCCAGCGAUCAUUUUGAACGCACUCACCAUUGAUGCAUUUUCAAUAAGCAACUACCGGAGACUUGGGACCCACACAAGGCGUGUGGAUAAUUCCAACACGAGACUGGCCGUCCAAAUUGAAAGGGAUCCAGGGAACGAUGACAACAAUCUCAACUCCAUCUUUUAUGAGCACUUGACAAGGGCCCUCCAGGAAUCCCUCUGCGGUGACUUAAUCCUUGGUCGAUGGGGGAACUACAGCUCUGGCGACUGCUUUAUUUUGGCCUCAGAUUACCUCAAUGCUUUUGUUCACCUGAUUGAAAUUGGAAACGGUCUUGUCACCUUCCAACUUCGAGGACUGGAAUUCCGAGGAACCUACUGCCAGCAGAGAGAGGUGGAAGCCAUCAUGGAAGGCGACGAGGACGACAGAGGCUGCUGCUGCUGCAAACCGGGCCACCUGCCACACCUGUUGUCCUGCAACGCAGCCUUUAACCUCCGCUGGCUCACCUGGGAGGUCACGCGGACGCAGUACAUCCUGGAGGGCUACAGCGUCAUAGACAACAACGCAGCCACCAUGCUGCAGGUGUUUGACCUCCGCAGGCUCCUCGUCCGCUACUACGUCAAGAGUAUAAUAUACUACAUGGUAACGUCCCCCAAACUCCUCUCCUGGAUCAAAAACGAGUCUCUCCUGAAGACCCUGCAGCCUUUCGCCAAGUGGCAUUACAUUGAGCGUGACCUCGCAACGUUCAACAUUAACAUUGACGAUGACUACGUUCCGUGUCUCCAGGGGGUGACACGCGCCAGCUACUGUACCGUCUACCUCGAAUGGAUCCAGUACUGUGCACGGCAAAGACAAGAGCCUUCGAAGGCCCUGGACAGUGACGAGGACUCUCCGUUAGUGACCCUGACCUUCGCCCUGUGCAUCCUUGGGAGAAGAGCUCUGGGAACAGCCGCUCACAGUGUUGCGCUCAGCCUGGACUCUUUCCUGUAUGGUCUUCACGCGCUCUUCAAAGGCGACUUUAGAAUAACAGCACGAGAUGAGUGGGUGUUUGCUGAUAUGGAUCUUCUGCACAAAGUUGUGGCUCCAGCCAUCAGGAUGUCCCUCAAGCUUCACCAGGACCAGUUCACGUGCCCCGAUGAGUAUGAGGACCCAGGGGUCCUCUACGAGGCCAUCCAGUCCUUUGAGAAGAAGGUGGUCAUCUGCCACGAGGGCGACCCGGCCUGGAGGGGCGCGGUGCUCUCCAACAAGGAGGAGCUGCUGACCCUGCGGCACGUGGUGGACGAGGGCACCGACGAGUACAAGGUCAUCAUGCUGCACAGGAGCUUCCUCACCUUCAAGGUGAUCAAGGUCAACAGGGAGUGUGUCCGCGGGCUGUGGGCCGGCCAGCAGCAGGAGCUCAUAUUCCUGCGGAACUGCAACCCCGAGCGCGGAAGCAUCCAGAACAACAAGCAGGUCCUCCGGAACCUCAUCAACUCCUCCUGCGACCAGCCGCUGGGCUACCCCAUGUACGUCUCCCCCCUCACCACAUCCUACCUGGGGACCCACCGGCAGCUGAGGAAUGUGUGGAGUGGGCCGGUCACUGUGGACAGCAUCAGGACAUGGCUGCGGACCAAGUGGGUGAGAAUACGGAAGGACUGCGAUGCUGGCCCGCGCGCUGCUGGCAACACUGAAGAUGUGGAUGGAGCGGGGCGGCCAUCCGCAGGCGGCAACAGUGCCCCGAGUGGGGAGAGCCAGGAGAGCAGCACAGAACAGCCCAGAAAACAGGGGGCCCACCACUGGUCACCCCGGGAAGGGACACGGAGGACAGGCAGGAGGAAAGGAAGGAGUCAGUCUGUCCAGGCACACGGGGCGUUAAGCCAGAGGCCGCCCAUCUUGAGUUCGUCCGGCCCGAUCUUAGAAAGCCACCAGGCCUUCUUGCAGACGUCCUCGUCGGUCCACGGACUGGCCCCGAGGCUCUCGGGCAGCCGGCUGUCCUUACACACCUCUGCCGCGUCCCUGCACUCGCAGCCCCCGCCUGUCACCACCACCGGCCACCUGAGCGUCCGCGAGCGAGCCGAGGCGCUCAUCAGGUCCAGCCUGGGCUCCUCCACCAGCUCCACCCUGAGCUUCCUCUUCGGCAAGAGGAGCUUCUCUAGCGCUCUCGUCAUCUCCGGCCUCUCGGCCGCAGAGGGGGGCAGCACCAGUGACACCCAGUCGUCCAGCAGCGUCAACAUCAUGAUGGGCCCCUCAGCCCGCACCGCCAGCCAGGCCACACGGCACUUCUCUGAGCCGUGUGACUCCACCGAUGGUCCAGAGCAGAGGCAUCUCCGUGGCCGCCGUCGGGCUGAGGCCGUGGCCUCGGGCAUCGGGGUGGUCUGCAGAAGAGCCAGCCAGGAGGACAUGGGCCUGGAUGACACGGCUUCCCAGCAGAGUGCCUCCGAUGAGCAGUAGGCGCACGGCACUGUAAGGGCCCCCACCGUCAGGGGACAAAUCCCCACGGCUUCCCCUUUUUCUCCCUUCUGCUCCCCAAAAUAUAAAGAGCAAAUAUUGCCAUCCACAUGAGGCCCUUCCUGUGGAAAAAUGAGAGCUGUUGUGGAUAACUGAAUAACUUUAUCUCAGGAUCUUGAAAACUAUUUCACACGAUGAAAAACAAAAACAAAACCACCACCUGACGCCAGGCCUCCUACCCGCCAUGCUGCUCCGAGCGCUCACUGCACCCAGGGCUGGCUGGAGGGAGGCACAAAAUGCUUUCCAGAACAUGAAGAUCCAAACAAAAGCCAUGUACCAUCUUCAGUCCACUGGGGGGGGGGGGGGGAGCACAUAUAUAACUCUUUCCACCUGAUGGAAGUAUGACAACUGCAUGUUACCUAACUGGCGUUUCAUAGCAUCACACCACCCCCAGUCCAGUGCACUACGGUUAUGCUCAUGCAUAAAGAAAAUCUCACUUCUUUAUAAUAUUUAUGCAGAUGUUAAGUAUAAACCGGCGACAGCUUUACUGCAAGAAACGUGGUAGUGCAUGCAGUCCUGUCCACCAUCCUUGUGCUACAGCCAGCUGUCUCAGGAGAGGGGAGUGUGGGUCUGGUCCAGGCCCACACUGAAGCCGGAAGCUGUCCUGGGAGGACAGGACGCUGGGCAGACAGAGCUGGCCCCGCGCCCCGCGCACCGGGGUGACCCACAGGACCUUCCACUUGUGCUCCAGGCCAAGCUGUCCCUACUGUGUCACCUGCACAAACCUUUGUUUUGGGAAUUAAAAGGUUUAUAGUUC